UCCCUCCACUCUCACUCUCAUCUCUGUCACCUCACUUGUGUUUUCCUCAAGCACUGCGGACAGAAAACGCUGUGCGCGGAGCUUUAUAAGAGACGGCACGAGGAGGAUGCGGACCGCCGGGGUUUGGCCAGCGACCUUCACUCUCCCGGUCCCCCAGGACUGAUUUUCGGUCAAAGAUAUUUAAUGGGCGUUUGUAUCGCCGUCUCCGCUGAUUUCCGUGGAUACCUGCUCGGAUAUUGUGUGAUACGGCUCCAGGAUGAAGAGGAUGAACCCGCGUUGGAAGUCACCACCCAUGUGGCCGUCCGGAGUGGGCAGCAGGCAGCCCUGUCCCCGUGAAUCUGCUCUGCGCAGAGCAGCCAUUAGUGGCAACGUCCUUGCGCUCCCACCGUUCCAUGUCCCCACGGGCAGGAGUGUCCGGGUCUUCAUCUGUGCCAACCCUGAUGAUACAGAAGCAGAGAGAAAUGCUCUGAAAGAACAUGUCUAUCCCAAACUCCGAGACUUCUGCAGGGAGAACUAUGGCAUUGAAUUCCAGGUGGUGGACCUGUACUGGGGAAUUGAUCCAGAGGAGUGGGACAGUCCAGAGCUGCAGAGACUACGGAUGAAAUUACUGGAAGAAUGUCUGAAGACUUCAGCCGGUCCAUGCUUUGUUGGGCUCAUUGGAGAGAAGUACGGCAGCAUUCGGGUCCCAGGGGAGGUCGAGUCGGCUGAGUUUGAGAUGAUUUUGGAUGCAGCGGUGGAGGCGGGACUAGACACACGGAUCUUGGAGGAGUGGUAUUGUCGGGAUGAGAACUCAGUCCCGCCUGCCUACUACCUAAAACCGAAAGCUGAGAUGCUGAAGAACUACCAGAACUCUAUGGAGUCAAGCAGCGUAGCAAAAUCGAAGAACGACAAGGCUUGGAGGGCAGUCUCAGAGGAAAUCAAGAGGAUCUUCAGAACCUCUGUUUUACAGCUGCAGGAGAAGGGAACCAUGAAGAGCGGUCAAGCCAAGAAAUUUCUUUGCUCGGCAUUAGAGGAUGAACUGGAUUUCGCAUUGGGCAAGCAGACCCCAGCCUUCCUCAAGAAAUGUGUAUGUUACAUCCGGAAGAUUUCCAACUUUGACCGUUUCGCUAAACUCCCCGAGAUGGCCCGCUACAUGGACAUCGUGGUGAGCGCCGACCGUGUCAUGAGAAACCAAGAAGCCUACGAGCGUCUUCUGAAAGUCAGAGACGAGUUCAUUCCGAUGGUGGUGGCAGCGUCCAAUCUUCGAGUCUACUCCUCCGUCACUCACUGUGACAUGAAACUUGGCUACUCGCAGGAAGUAGAGAGCCACUACGUCGAAGGUCUGUGUAAACAGUUUUAUGAAGACAUGGUGGAUAUCAUCCAGGCCACGGUCCAACAGAACUUUGACACAGAGACAGAUUCGCUCUACGAUGAAAUUAUACAGCAUCUUUCGCUGUGCAAGACUUUUUCAUCUUUUUAUGUGUAUAAGAGUGAAGCCUUGGACAUAGUCCAAGAGUACCUGUACCCCGCCGAAGGUGGUCGAAUAACUCCCCUAGUGGUAUAUGGAGGACCCUGCACUGGAAAGACAUUGUUACUUGCUGAAGUGGCAAAACAGGCUUAUUCAUGGCUACAGAAAGAGAUGGGACCAGAAACAGACCCGGUUGUCAUUGUCAGAUUCAUCGGCUCCUCAGACUUCUCUACUGACCUCCGCACGCUGCUACAGAGCAUCUGUGAGCAGAUUGCCAUCAACUAUCGGUGCCUGAUCCACUUCUUACCGAACAAGAUCCAGGAGAUGAGGGAGCUGCUGGUGAAUUUGCUUGGGGAGUCAUCAUUUCACCGACCUCUUAUCAUUAUUCUGGAUGCCUUGGAGCAGUUGUCAGAUGUUGACGAGGCCCGGAAGCUGUGGUGGCUGCCUGUCCACCUGCCACGUACAGUCCGAAUUGUAGUGUCAACCCUGCCCAACAAGCAUGGGAUACUCCAGAAAUUACGCAGUCUGAUACAUGACGAGGAUGCCUAUGUUGAACUGAUGCAAAGAGACCGCAAAGCUUGCAGUCAGACACUUAAACAGCAGCUUCUGGGUGUCAAAAGGAAGGUGACCUCUGGUCAGCAGAUAUAUGUGAAUGAGGCAAUGGCAAAAUGUACACUCCCCAUGUUCGUCAACCUCAUCUACCGAGAGGUAGUUCACUGGAGGUCGCACAAGGAUGUGGAUGACAAAUCGCUGUGUUCGACGGUGCACGAAAGCAUUGAGCAGCUUUUCUACUCUGUUGAAAACAAGCUUGGCUCACGCUUUGUCUUUCGGGCACUGGGCUACAUCACAAUGGCACGGGCAGGCCUAACAGAGCUGGAGCUAGAGGAUAUCUUAUCUUUGGACAACAGUGUCCUUGGGGAUAUCAUAGUGAGCUCUAAUCUUAAAAGCCCGCUGCGUAUUUCUUAUGAUUUCAUAGCUAGGCUAAAAGAAGAACUUGAAGGUUAUUUAGUGGAGCGACAAAUCCGUAAUGUAACGCUAAUGGUGUGGGCAAAUCGCCACCUGCAUCUUAUAGCACAAAAGCUAUACCUCAGUAAUGAAGAAGAUGUACAUCAAAUGCAUAGCCUUUUGGCUGAGUACUUCCUCGGGGCAUGGGCAGGUGGUAGAAAGAAGAUAUUCCACUGCGACAAUAAUCACUUCGCCUCACUGAAUAUCUCACAACAUCAAAACCCUCAUCACCAGCAGAGCCUUCAUGGCCAUGACAAAGCUUCUGCCGACAAGCACUCUUAUGACAGACAGACACCUGAACAACCCUGGGUGUUCCAGUGUAACUUGCUAGAGCCGGACAUCUUCUUUGUCAACCACCGAAAGAUGACGGAGCUCACAUACCACCUGACAAGGAGCGGCCGGACAGAUGAUCUCAUGUAUGGUGUCAUCAUGAACUUCAGCUGGCUCUACACAAUGAUAAAGAUAGGGCAGUUUGACAAGGCCCUGUCAGACAUUGACCUAGCUUACAGCUACACGCAAGAAAAGGAGCUAAAGUUUCUCGCAACUACACUCCGCAGUAUAAAGCUUAAAGUGACAAAGAAUCCUACAUCACUGUCUGCUGAACUACAGCAAAGGCUCCUUCCAGUUGUCACAUCACUUCCCAAGCUCAGACACCUCCUUCUUGAAUGUGACAAGGAUGGUCCUAAAUACUGCUCCAUUGUGCCACUGCACUCUUCCAUGGAUGUCACCUACAGUCCCGAGAGAUUACCGCUCUGUUCUAGCUACAUGCAAAUAGUGGAGAUUCUACCUACAUUAGCUCCAAACAUAGUCAUUGUGGCCCUCGAAGACGGAUCAGUCAGCACGUGGGAUGUUGAGAGCAGACAGCUGAUAAGACAGAUAGACACGGCGAGGUCGGUUGUUCUUGGCAUCAGGCUAACCACAGACGAGAAGUAUCUGGUAGUGGCCACUACAAAAAAUACACUGCUCAUUUAUGACAACCACAAGUCAUGCUUGUUGUCGGAGGUGGAGGUGAAAGGGUCCAAGCAUUGUGGCAUCACUGGCGGGGUAGCGUUCAUCAAUGGAUUCACCUUGUCCAGCCACCAUGCCUUAGCUUGGCUGGAGGCAAGCAAAGAUGUCAAUGUGAUUGAUUUGCUCUAUGGCUGGCCGUUGUAUCAGUUCCAUUGCUGGUAUGAAGUAACCUGUGUCCAGUGUUCCCCAGAUGGAAUGUAUGCUUUCUGCGGACAGUAUCUCAACACAACCACCAUAUUUCACCUCGGUAGCGGGGACAAGCUUGCUACAAUGACUUCUGAAUUCUCUGGUGGUUUUGUUAAGUCCAUCCUGAUUCUAGACACAAUCCAUCAAAUGGUGAUGAUCGACAAUGAGGGCAGCCUAUCAGUGUGGAACACCAAAGAUAUCACAAAUCCCAAGCUGAUGGAGGAUUAUGACUGCAGAGGAGAUGAUAGUGAAGUGGUGGGCAUAGAGCUUUCUGAGGAUCAACGAUCCAUACUUAUCUGUAAAGCGAGAAGCAUCGAAGUGCUGGACACCAAGAUUUGGAAGAUGGCAGAGAAGUUCAAGGCCAAGCGUAGCGAGAAGUUUGUGGCUGCCGUUCUCUCCAAGAAUAGCCAAAGCAUAAUAGCUUCCAUGGAGAACACAUCAUCCAUAUUUGUGUGGAGGAGAGACAGUGGACAGUGCAUGGCCAGUUUGAUAGAGAUAUCUGGAGCCAUUGUAAAACUGAUCAAAUCAACACACCAUAACUUGCUGCUGUCUGUGGCCAGCAGUGGCGUACUUUCCGUGUGGGACAUUGACAUUAUAACAGCCAUGUCAAACAUUGAUAAAACUGGGAAACCUAUCCAAAGUCUGCAGCUCUCUGGCCGAGAGGAUUUUGUGUACACCAUGGAUGGGUCAGAGGUCAUCCACAAGUGGAACUACAGCACAGGUUUCAUUGAGAUGGUGUUCAAGCAUGAAGGCCUUGUCGAAAACUGCGUCUUGACAACAUCAGGCGACCUAAUGGUGACAUCUGAUGAUAAAAGUAGUCAGUACAUCUGGCACACGACCACAGGUGAGAAUAUAUUCCGUAUCAAUGGUCAGAGGAUUUCACAGCUUCUCAUCACACACAACGACCAGUUUGUAGUGUCCCUUUGCGAGCAGAAUGCCUCCCGCGUUUGGAGGCUUGCGACUGGUCACAAGGUGUGCAACAUUUUGGUGACACUCCAGCAUGCCCUCAUUACCACAGCAAACACAUUCCUUGUGGGAACCAACAAGAAUAAGCUGUUGGCUGUUAGCUUGUGGUCAGGCAGUGUAUCCAAAAAGUUCAUCUGUGACGAUGGAAUCACAAUUGUUAACUUCAAAUUAAUUCCUGACAGUCCAGAUUAUGUCGUCUUCAUCACCUCCACAGAAACAGUUUUCAUCUGGAGUGUUGCAGAUGAGUCUGUGUGCAGGCGGGUGCAGCUGCCUAGCAACUUUUUGAAGAACCUGGAGGAUUUCCAAAUAUCACCAAAUGGGAAAUUGGGCAUUGUGUCAAAAGGUGAUGAGAACAUUAAUGUCCUAGACCUGCACAGUGGUAAACUGCGUCUGGUCCAUGCUGCUGGUAUAAUAUGGCGGCAAAAGCUAUCACGAGACGGACGCUACUUAGUGCACAUCUGUUUCGGCAAUUGCGACGAAGAUGAUGAUGCAGGUGUGGUUUCAAGUCUGAUUGUCAUGAGAUUGGCAGAUGGCAAGAGCAUCGGGACCUGCUCCCUCUACAAAACGCCAACCUAUCUGUGCCUAUCACAGCGAGCACUUAACAUCAUAGUGGGAUUUGAGGAUGGCAGCAUUGGCACCUACACAGUCGUAGACCGUGUGGAUGCUGCUCUGAAAAUCAAGAUCGCCACCUCAAACAGUCGCCAAAUAGUGAACAAUGCCUCACAGAAAGUACGACCCAAGUGUAGCACCAAUGCCUUCAAGACCAUUGCUGACUGUGUGUGGAGAGAAUCCACCGAGGUCUUCUCACGGGACAGUCCUAUCAAUGUGUCUGACAGUGGAGAACCAGAGACAACAACACCCACAAAGAAAACUGAACUGCUGCAGUGAGAGUGCCCUCUGUAGGACAUUAACAAGGCUAGGUUUGGACACAGAUGAUUAUUGUUUACAGCAACUUUGAUUCAGCUGCACAGAUCAGUUCUCUGGGUAACACAGCAACUGGCCAUUUGCUAUUAAGCUGCACUUAAGCUGCAAUCAGUCACCUUGAUUUCUUUUAUCCAUCAUCAACUUACUGUCAAAUGUGUACACUGAAUUUAAUAGGAACAAAUUCAUAACCAUAUAGUUCAGAUUUUGUUUAGUCAAAUCAAGCCAUAACGUCACUUUAUGCAGAAGCAUAGAGAAAUGUAAUAGAUUUGUAGCCAUAUAAAAGUCGCUGCCAUUGUUUUUGUUUGUUUUCAAAAUAUUCAUUUGUGUCUGUUUAUUAAUGUCCUCUGGUACUGUACUAAAAUGGAAACUUAUGUACAUAUGUGUACAUAUGUACUUUGGCUGCUGCAGUUUGUGCAACUACUUAAAUAUAUGUUAUGUUGUGCUAAAUGCAAUCAAAGUGAGUGCCUGGAUUUGAACCUUUUUGUUACAGAAACUGAUUAAGAAAAAAAAUGCAGGGAAUUUCUAAACAAAAAAUAUAUUGAUACAACUAUUCAUCAUUACGGUUCAGCAUACAAUAAAUACAAAUUUGCUUAAUUUGAAAUUACAGCAUCUAAAUGAGGAUCAUUGGAAAGUAUAUUUCAGUAUUCAGGUAUUCAGAGUAUAGUCUGGAGUCAUUAUGAGCUUCUUAGUAAAUUCAGAAUGUGUUUCUAGACUUUCUCUGACCAAAGUCGCAAGGAAGUCCAUGUGUGGAAUAUGCUCUAAAUAUCAGACAGUGUUAAGCCCAUCCUCAUAUUUAAUUCUAUACCAAUUCACCAAUUACUGUCACUAUACCACAGCAGUACAGUCCAAGUCUAAUAUUGUGGUUGGAAAAUGUAUAUUUUGUUUUCUCAGUGAAAAUAUUUGACCUGGCAAACUGAUACUGAGAAGGUCAUCCUCUGACUCGAGAUGAAUAGUAUUAAUGACAUUACUUUUAAAGAAUGUGCAAUUCAUUGUAUCAAAGGACGGUGCAAUUGUAUCGAGCUACAAAUGUUGAGUAUUGAUUUGAGGAUUAAACCACUAUUGAGGAGUCAUGUGUAGCAUCUCACCAAGAGUUUCUACGCCUUAACGGUUGGAUCAUCUUAUACAAAUGUGUAUUUGUAAUUGUUCUUUGUGAGGUAAAGGUUGAUUGAUUGUGUGCUUGAAAAAAAAUUAUACUUUGUACUUUCAUGUUAUAGAUGACUUAGAGAUAUUUAUGAAUAGACUAUAUGUUAUCAUAAACCAAGCUGAUUUAUGAAUGGUGUUUGCCAAGGCAGUGUUUGGUGGUUGCACUUUAUUUUAAACAGGUUGUUCCCUGAGGUUGACUUUGAACAAGUGUGUCAUGAAUGCCAACUAUACGAUUUUUGCCUUCAGUUAUGGGUGUACUCUGGCAUGUCGCAAAAGAAAGUAGUUUCAACAAAACGAUCAGCCAUGCCCCAUUUAAACUCUUCUCUCCAUAACUCAAGGGCUAUUCCGUCGAAUUGUAUGUUUACCUCUGGAAAUACUGACACAUAGACCCAUUUCCAACCCACAACCUGUAGCAGUAUUCAGGUGUGAUUAGCUUCUCCCACUUAAGUGUUUAAAACAUAUAGAUAUCAUAUAAUAUUUGCCAAAGUUUUAUUUUUAAUUUCAUUAUUAAUAUUUGUUUUCAGAAUGUUAAACGGUGUUGUUUGUGACCCUACUUGUUACUUUUCUGGCUGUGUUGUGUUUUCUAGCAUAACUAUGAGAACAUGCAUUAUCUUUGCUAAGAUAUUGACAAAGUCCAUCUCUAUUAUAAUGGAAUGCCAGUUUUAGAGUAUAUUUGAAUGUGUCCAUAUGAGAGCAGUUGAACAGUAUAUUAUAUGUUAUGUAACUUGAAUGACUUUUAACUACAUGUUUGCAAAACAUAGUUCACAUACUGGUAUUGAAUGUGUUUAUUGUAUUAUUUGUAUUGUCAAGAUCGAAGAUCCCUGUUUAGAGAUAUAUAUUUUCAUAAAUGUUGUACUUACAUUUUGUUACAAAGUUGUUUAAGUAUUCUAGAAAAAAAUAGCAGAAAAAAUGUGUCUGAAAGCAAUAUGACUUAGUGUGUAUGCAUUGUUUGUAUGGAACAUUUUAAUGUAAUAAAAUGGU